GUGCCAGAUCACUUCCGGUGACAGAUCGACAGGACGAGCUGUUUUGUAGGGAAAAAAUAGUAUCUGUUUGACCCGGAUCUGUCAUAUAGAUGAAUAUGGCAGGAAAGACUGGUGACCUGUUUAACGGAGGAUUGGAAGAGGGUCCUACCGGGAUCAUUAACAAAAUUUUCCCAAAGAUGAUCCCGCAGGGCACCGCUAAGGAUUGGUUUGAUAGUCGCCGUGCCCACAUCCGUCCUUGGAAUAACUUUGUUGACCAGCGGCGUUUCUCUCGACCACAAAACUUCGGAGUACUGUGUAAACGUGUUACACGGAAUGUGGAGCAUUUUCAGAGCAACUACAUCUUUAUCUUCCUGGGACUCAUCUUGUACUGCAUUAUCACUUCUCCCAUGCUGCUGAUAGCUUUAAUGGUCUUCUUCGGUGCCUGUUACAUCAUUUAUUUGAAGAGUCUACAGUCUAAGAUGGUUCUCUUUGGUCGUGAACUCAGUAUGGCCAAUCAGUAUGGAUUGGCAGGAGCAGUCUCCUUCCCUUUCUUUUGGCUUGCAGGUGCAGGUGCAGCUGUAUUCUGGGUUCUGGGAGCUACUCUUGUAGUUAUUGGUUCUCAUGCCUCAUUCCAUGAGCUGGAAGGGGAUGUAGAAGAACUGCAAAUGGAAGAGGUCUGAGCAGCCUCUGGGGUUUCAUCACCAGAAUCUGAGAAAGACGCCCCAGGGACCUUUUAGGUCAAAGUCCUGUCCCGUUUUUCCUCUUUGUAACUCUUUUUAUACCCUACUUUUCCUAACAAGCACUUUGCAGCAGGAUUUGCACAAGUUUUUCUGAGGUUCAACCCUUCAUCCUUCCAAAGUGCGACACUGUCAGUUCCAAAGGCAGGCUUGAAAAAUGACACAGGCAUAUCUGACCAAACAAGUUCUGUUAGAAAAUGAUGCUCACUGUGGUUCAUGACCUUUUUUGUCCUAAUGGAGAGGAUGCAUGUUUAAAUUGUAUACAACAUUUUAUGUCUCAUAUCAAUUAUUGUAUAAUAAAGUAUAUUGAUUGUAUCGCGA